AUGGCCAUGUUAAACUUCGCGCCAUUCAACUAUGGCUCUGAAACAUGGAAGUCAUACACCGCUCGUUUCGAGUGCUUCCUAGUCGCCCACGACUUAACUGAGCUGACCGAUGAAAGGAAAUGCGCGUUUUUUCUGUCAGUCUGCGGCACGGAUGUUUUCCACACCGCCAGGGCUCUCACAGCCCCUGAACCUAUCAAGGCCGUUCCCUGGCCUGUCCUGCUGGCAAAGCUGAUGAGCCAUUACGCUCCGUCUCCAUCUAAGAUAGCUCGCCGACACGCGUUCCAUCAACGCAGCCAAGCCGAGGGGGAGUCCGUCAGCGCCUAUGUCGCCGCACUCAGAUCAGCCGCCCUCCAUUGCGAAUUCCGUGAUCUCGACGAGGCCCUCCUCGACCGCCUGGUGUGUGGCCUCAGAGACCUCAAACUUCAGAAGCGAUUACUAACGAAAGCAGACCUCUCAUUCCAAUCUGUGUUCGAUGAAGUUCGGGCUGCCGAAAUGUCCACGGCAUCCCUAGCUACCAUUGCGAAGAGCCGGUCUACUCCAACCGCACAGUCCGCCAAUACGUUCAGCACAGCUACCGGUCUACCAGACACGGAGAGCGAUGAUUCAGACGCCGAAGGGCAAGAGGAGGACAUCAACCGCCUUUAUGAGGCGAACAAAAAGAGCGUAACACGGCGGAAGGGUGACCCUAAAUCUGCAUGUGGUGGUUGCGGAGGCAACCACGAAAGAGCUGAGUGCAGAUUUAGGCAAGCCCUCUGCCAGCGGUGUGGCAGAAAGGGCCACAUCGCUUGGGUGUGCCGAGCCGCGCAGCCCAUGUCCUCCUCAGAGCUCCAAACUGAUCGGUUCCGUCACCCGCGGAAUCAAACGGAAGGUCCGAAGAAACCCAGGAUGGACUGCCAUGCCAUACUUCGGAACGCAAAUCAGGGCCUCGCCUGCCACCAGGUACAGAAAAAGAUCCAGCUGACUGUCAAUAUUGAAGGGAGGCCCUGUGAAAUGGAGCUGGACACCGGCUCCGCUACGUCCAUUGUAUCUUGGAGCAUGAUUAAACGACUUUUGCCCCAGCUGUCAAAGCGCCAACUGCAAGACUGUAACCUGACAUUACGAGACUAUCAGGGCAACCUGAUCCCAGUGAUUGGAACCCGCAAGGUCAGGGUGCAGUUCAAGGGGUUCAGUGGCAGACUGCCCCUCAUCAUAGUCGAGGGCCGGUUGCCCAGCCUUCUCGGCCUCGAUUGGUUCCAGUCCCUCGGCCUUCAAAUCAGCGGCAUCCACAACGUAGGCACCUCAGCCUUAGACUGCUUAGUCAAUGAGUUCCCUGCCGUAUUUGAUGGCACCCUUGGCAGAUACACCGACACGCCUGUGUCCUUCAACCUCGACCCCGCAGUGCAACCAGUGCGGAUGAAGCCACGCCGAGUGCCCAUCGCACUCAAGCCGAAAGUAGACACGGAACUAGAUAAACUCGUGGCUCAAGGGGUCCUGGAGCCAGUGGACCAUGCACGAUGGGAGACACCCAUCGUGUUGCCAAUCAAACCGGAUGGUAGUGUGAGAAUCUGCGCAGACUACCGCUGCUCCAUCAACCGCGCAUUGCCAUCCAACGCAUACCCGGUGCCAGUGGUGCAACACCUUCUCCACACCUUGGGCGAGGGCUCCAUCUUCGCAAAGCUCGACCUCGCCCAGGAAUAUCAGCAAUUGGUCAUGGACGAUGAUGCUGCCGAAGCACAGACUAUCAUCAUGCACCGGGGCGCGUUCCGGUGUCGCAGGCUACAAUUUGGUGUCAGCAUCGCCCCUGGACUAUUUCAAAGUUUGAUGGAGAGGCUGCUCCAAGGACUCCGAGGCGUCGUCCCUUAUUUUGACGACGUCCUCAUCUCUGCAGCCUCUCUGGAGGAACUCAUGGCCCGUUUGCGGGAGGUUCUCCGCAAGUUCCAGCAAGUCGGCCUCAAAGUGAAACGAGACAAAUGCCAAAUAGCAGUGCCCCAGAUAGAAUUCCUAGGGUUCCUCAUUGAUGGCCGCGGCAUUCACCCCACGGCUGCCAAGACCAAGGCUAUUGUGGAAGCCCCAGCACCCACCAAUAGAGCUGAAUUACAGACCUUUUUAGGCCUCCUAAAUUUUUAUGCUAUGUUCCUGCCGCAUAAAGCGUCUGUAGCUGAGCCACUUCACCGCCUCCUGGACUCAGGCGCGGCUUGGGUUUGGGGCCGCCGGGAAGCCACUGCCUUCCUGGCGGUUAAACACCUCCUUAUUUCCAAUGAUGUGCUCAUUCAGUAUAGCGAGCACUUGCCCCUCGUCCUAGCUUGCGACGCCUCUCCCUACGGGGUAGGCGCUGUACUCUGCCAUCAGCUACCCAGUGGGGCAGAGGUGCCCAUCGCCUUUUUUUCCCGAACCCUGUCUGCCUCCGAACGUAAUUAUGCCCAAAUUGAUAAGGAGGCUCUCGCCAUUGUAGCCGGAGUCCGGCGUUUCCACCAUUAUUUGUAUGGCCGCCCCUUUUUAAUUGUCACCGACCACAAACCGCUCCUCGGGUUGCUGGCCGGUGACCGUCCUGCCCCACAAGUUCUCUCUCCAAGGAUGACUCGUUGGUUUGUUUUCCUUGCAUCCUACGACUACCAGUUGCACCAUCGCCCGGGAAAACAGAUUGCCCAUGCCGACGCUCUUAGCCGAUGCCCACUGCCGGAGGCCCCCGAAGACCCAGUUGCUGGCUCCCCAGUGUUCCUGAUUGACAACCUCAAUUUGCCAAUUUCUGCCGCCGACAUCACCCGGUUGUCCGCAAGGGAUCAGGUAAUUUCCCGGGUACUAGACUGGGUUAGACGAGGGUGGCCAAAAGAUCAGGUAGACCCUGCCUUCCUGCCAUUCAAGUCCCGCCUGGCUGAGCUGUCCGUUCAGCGCGGGUGCCUGCUCUGGGGCCACAGGGUAGUGGUGCCGCCCUCACUGAGGACUACCGUCCUGCAGCAACUACAUCAAGCCCACCCCGGCAUCGUCCGGAUGAAAGCCCUGGGCCGUAGUUAUGUAUGGUGGCCUAAGCUUGACCAGGACAUAGCAGCCCAUGUCGCUGACUGCACAAGAUGCCAAAGCGCUCAGGCCUUGCCUCCCAAAGCCGAGCCCCGCACUUGGGAACCACCUUCCUCUCCCUGGUCUCGGGUGCACGUCGAUUUCGCAGGCCCCAUUCAGGGCCGCAUGCUUUUCAUUGCUGUGGACGCCUUCUCGAAGUGGGUUGAGGUCGUCCACAUGCCAUCCACUACUGCCGACGCACUCGUCGCUACUCUCUGCCGCCUUUUUGCCACUCACGGCCUUCCUGACGUGCUGGUAUCCGAUAACGGACCCCAGCUAACGUCCGCCACAUUUGAAGCAUUUCUGGCUUCCCAAGGAAUCAGACACGCGCUCACAUCUCCCUUCCACCCGGCCAGUAAUGGUUUGGCGGAGCGUGCUGUGCGCUCCGUCAAAGAAGCCCUUGCUAAAAUGGACCACCUUCCUUGGCAGCAGCGGAUAGACGCUUUCCUGCUGGCCCACCAUUCAACGCCCUCUCCAGAAACCAAUACCAGCCCCGCAGAACUGCUCAUGGGUCGCCGGUUACGUACAACCCUUGACUGCCUCCACCCAGCCUACAUCGCCCCAAGCCCCUUAGAUUCCCGUGGGGGGUCUGGCUCAACGACGGCAGAACUUGGAGACGCCACUGCGACCAGCUGCGGGGCAGACACCAGCCGCCAGCCGAGCUACAGCCAUCUGCAGACCCACACCUUCAAACAAACGACGCGGGGCCCAGAAGCGAGGGAGCAGCGGACCAACAGGCUGCCCGGAGCCCAGACCGAAGCAACGACUUACCUGGUGGGCUGGCACCGUCCUUGGCUCGUCGACGACCCGAGCGAUCGCCAUCCUGCGAAGAAGGGUCCUCGGCAGGGCAUCCAGAUCUUCCAAGCGGCGCUGAAGGGCCUCGAAUGUCCGGCCGAAUCAGGCGGCGGCCAGCGUAUUUACAGGACUACGCAUGCGCGGGCUUAG